AUGGAUGAGUGCCGAAGACUGGCCCAGGAGGGUGAAGAAGAAAUAAAGAGAGGCAAUACUCAGGAUGGUAAGUCAUUUUUUGGUGUAGUUUUUGAUUUUAGAGGAGGAUUAUGGUGGUAUGCUUUUAUUUUGAUUGUUAACAUAAGUUUUGCUGUUUUUAGGUAUUAAACUGCUUCAACAGGCGUUAGAACAAGGAACUCAGGACCCUCAGUUGUUGUCAGCUAUAUAUUCACAGUUGGGAAACGGAUAUUACGCGUUUAGAGACUUUGCAGCGGCUUGUAAAUAUCAUGGCAAUGAUUUGUUGCUUUCUCAGUAAGUUUUUAGCUAUAUUUUCAUAGUUUUAGGCUUUUACAACACAAAAAUUGGUAGAAAGUUGCUUAAGAGACUUUUGUUUGAAAUGAUAAGUAUUGGGACAAUUUAAACUACCGUUUUCGUUGUUUUAGCGUACAAAGUGAUCCGCUAAUGGAGAUCAAAGCCAUGUGUAAUAUCGCUCAUUCGCUCGCAAUGAACGGAAACGUUGAUGAGGCGAUUAAUAAUGCUAGAGAAGUCAUUUUAGCUGCUGUUGAUGUUGUUGAAAUGGUAUGUUUAUUUUCUAUUGGUUUUUGAAUUUAGAUUUAUGUUUUAGUCAAUGUACGAAUGCCGAGGAUAUUACGCGUUAGGAUGUUCAUACUUUCAAAAGUUUCUUCGAAAUUCAGCAGAGCUCGGGUUGAAUAAUGCUGAUGUUGUUAAUACAAUUCAUGAUGCUAUUGAAGCUUACACGUAAGGGUACUUUUAAAUUUUAAAACUGGUUUUAAAAUUUUUUGCUUAAAUUUACUGUUUAUUAAGGGUAAUAAAACCUUUAAAGCUUUGUUGUUUCAGAAAGUGCCUAGAAAAGAGUGUGGAUGAAAAUGGUCGUAUUUUGCCAAGUUGUUCAGUGGUGCGAAGUUUGACUUUAGGGAAUUUAGGUAUUAGCUACUAUUACCUCGGGCAAUUUGACAGAGCGAAACGUUAUUAUGAAAUGGUGUGUUUUUUUUUAAUUUGGAUAGAAUUUUAUGAAAAUUAUUGUUUUUCAGCUUUUUUAUUGUUUAAACGAUGCAAUGCAAAAAAAACUGUUUUAAUGUUUGCACUGUGCAGUUUUUUAACUUUUUUUGGUUUGCACUGUGCAAUAACUUAAUUCUUGAUUGUAAUUUAUAGUAAACAUGUAUUUAAAAACAUGUUUGAAUAAAAAUAUGAUUUCAGAGACUAGAAACAGCCAAAAGUGUUGGCGACAGAGCAGCACAACUUCGUACAUAUACAAAUUUGGGUAACACUUGCGCACAAAUUGGCGAAUAUCAAGAAGCAGUUGUCUAUUAUGGGUAAUGUCGUUUUGUUUUUUAUAUUUAUUAGUUUUACAUUAAAUUUUUUUUACUUUUGCGUUUUAUUGUAAAAUACGGUCUUUGUUUCUUUUAGCUUAUAUUGUCUUAAUUUUGAUUGUUUGGUAUAAAAUUAUGACAGUUGUGAUAUUUUUUUUUGAAAAAAGUUUAAAAUUUAAAAACAUUUCAUUUUAACUCAUGACCAUGGAUUAAAUUAUGUUGUGGAUAACAUAGUUAAUAUAAAAAUAGUGAUUAUGCUUACUUGUCCUGUAUAAAAGUAAUUAUAGUCGAGCACUGACGAUUGCUAAUCGAGAUAAAAAGAAGGAUACUGCCGCCCAAUUAUACUUUAAUCUUGGCUCAACCGAAGCACUUCAGGGCAAUUACAAAGAGGGUACGUUCUAAUUUGUUUUUUACAAUAUAUAACUAUAUAAUGUGCAUUAUCUGGUGACGUCGGGGAAUAUUUGGUUUGUGUGAUAGUUAUAUGACUGUGUAUUUGAAAUAUGGCAGGCUUUGGGUCAUUUAUAUUGUGGCAGAAAAGAUUUGUCGUCGAUUUGUGAGGAUUUGUAUGGGGAGAAACGACAAGACUUUAUUUAUCUUUGUCUUGACUUGAACUUAUAAUAACAGAUUUCGAACAUAGAAAAAGGUAAUAUUAAAAUAGUUACCUGCCUCUAAACCCGACAAUUUGCUUUGAAAAGGGGCACACAAUUAUUUUAACUACUUUUUAUUUUGGUACGAUGCGACAAAGUUCAUAUGUGCUAUAAAUGUCAUCCAAACCCAAUAUAACUACGAAAUCUAGCAUUCACUCAAAGAUACCAAUUCUACGUAAACAGGUUAUAAUUGCGAGUACAACAUGAAUCCCGCUUUUACGAAAUGGCAACGAAAUUGGGAGGCUUUAAAUAACCACCUCUUAAUGAUCGUACUUUAUUUGGCAUCAGGAGUCACGAGAAACGGGGGUUGGGGGCAAUUAGCCACCUAUUUAAGGCCUCACGAUUAUUGUUAUCGAGACUAAUAUCGCCUGAACGGAAGGUAUUUGGCCAAGAGUGGCGAUUAAUCUUAGAUUUUUAGAUAUUUUUUGUAGUAUUAAGGGGGUGCCGGGUAUAAGUGGCAACAACGAGGGACAAUUUGAAAGUUCAAAGGCUGGGCGUUGGGUGAGGGAGUAUAGGCGGUGUUUUUUUUAAAUUAGGUUAGGUAUUGAUUUGAUUUAUUCGAUUUUUUUUUGGUUCUUUUAUUUUCAAAAUGGUUUUUUAAGUUGUUGAAGCAAUUGAUGAAAUAUUACUAUAAAAUUGUUUACAUCACUUCAGAGGAAAAAUUUUGAAAUAUAUAUUUUAUAGGUUAACAUAGGAUAAUACGUUGGAUUAAUUUGAGUAGUUAUACAGUUUUAAAGUAUAUUUUUUCAAUAAUGAUGAGUACUAGUACUUGUAUUGGUAAAGUAAACCAUACAAUCAUUAAGGGUCUUUUAUUGUAAACACAAUGCAUUAAUUUGAAUUGGAAUAAUGUAGUGUUUAUGGCAAAAAUUUUGUUACUUUUGUGGUUUAUGUUACACAUUAAACCCUGCUUUUAUGGAAAUGUAUAUUUUUAAUGUCAGAGUAGUAUGUGACCAGUGCCGGGCGGGGACUUUUGGUCUGGGGGCGGGGGUCGAAAAAUCCACAGGGGGGACCACGUUUAACUUUUUUCUAACUUUUUUUUCUGGGGGAGACACGUAAUGUACAGCCAAUGUAUAUUUUUUAUAAAAAAUUUUGAGAUUUUAAAUUGCAUAUGAAGGUCGUUAUGAAUUUUUGAAAAAACUCAUUUUCACCCAAAUUACACAAAUUUUCAGUUGGAAAUCACUUUUUUCAUCAAAAAUUUCUAAGUUUUUGGCUAUUUUAUCGUUGGAAAUGCAUUUUUGAGAUGAAAUUUCAUGUUCUCCGCGUUGGCGGAGAGCUUUAAAUCAUCGGCGGAGGCCAUAACUCGCUUCAAACUUUAUGGCGAAACUUGAAGCCAAAAUCGAUCUCCUUACAAUUUUAUGCGCUAUCUUCUGAUGUAUAAGUUUUAAUAAAAUAUUAAGGUAAACACAAAAGGUUACUCAAAAGAGGCAUAUCAAAUGCAUAAUACGUCAAAAUGUGUUAUAUUGUUUUUAGGAGCAUAGAUAUGGUUAAAAAAGUUAACAAAUUUUUUACUUACGCAACUUAAGUUACUUAUUUUACUUUUUUUAGUAUUAUCUUGAAAAAACUAUCCAAAACAAAAACUGCAACUUAAAAUUUCGGCUGACUUUUAUUGUAAUAAUUAUCAUUUUAAAAUAUAAAUCAAAAAUUGACUUUUCAUGAUGAUAAUAAGCUAGCCUUUAAAAUUUUUGUAAUUACCUUAACAUUUCAAUAGAACUUAUACAUCGGCAGAUAGCGCAUAAAAUUUUAGGAAGAUCAGUUUUGGUUUCAAGUUUCUCCUUAAAGUUUGAAGCGAGUUAUGGCCUCCGCCGAUGAUUUAAAGCUCUCCGCCAACGCGGAGAACAUGAAAUUUCAUCUCAAAAAUGCAUUUCCAACGAUAAAACAGCCAAAAACUUAGAAAUUUUUGAUGAAAAAAGUGAUUUCCAACUGAAAAUUUGUGUAAUUUGGGCGAAAAUGAGUUUUUUCAAAAAUUCAUAACGACCUUCAUGUGCACUUUAAAAUCUCAAAAUUUUUUAUAAAAAAUAUACAUUGGCUGUACAUUAUGCGUGCUAAAUUUUGUCUUCCUAUCUUUUUUCAUGGCUAAGUAAAAAAUUUUUCAAAAGUUACAAAUUUCUUGAAACACCCUGUAAAUCUUCCUGUAUUAUAUUUUUUUUGCAAAACGCCACAUUUUAUUACCGUUUUUUGAAACAAAACCGCAUUAAAUGCCGAUGUUUGAGAAGUUUAUGAGAGCCGAAAAAUCUAACUUGUUUUAUUAUGAGUGGCCGAGAAUCGAAAAGCACCGGCGGAGUGCAUUAUUUUCAUAUGUAUUUGCUUGCCAACCUGUUCUCUAACGUAUGCAAAUUGUAUUGUUUUGCGCGCAUUUUGUUGGCUUAAAGCAGUUCUUUGCAAUUUAAAUGAGACAAAAGUUUACUUUUGACUAUUGUGAUGAGAAUUUGAUAGGUUUGCUGUAAAUAUAGUUGAUUUUAUAAUGGAUGUCUACUACCUCAUGAUCCGGUUUCUUUUUUGAAGUACAUAAAAUUUGAAAUAUCGUAAAAAAAGAUGUUUUAGAAUUUUUUUGUCAAAAGUUGUUAAACGCUUUUGGUCUACGCGUGGUUAGGCGUAAAAGUUUUUGAGAGUUAUAUUAGAAUAGGUGAAAUAGUCUUUGUGCUUUGGCUGGAAAAAAAUUAAAGUUUAUGUUAUUAUAAACGUCUUUUAAUGCAUCUUUUGUAGACUAUUUUAUUCGGAUUGAUAGUAGAAUCCUUGUUCAUUACCUUAAAAUAUUGAAAAUAAUGGUUUUAAUUUUAACAUUUGGGACCAAAUUACUACAUUUCUUUAAAUUGUUAGUGUUUUGUUCAAAUGUACAACACAAAACUGUUCAAAAAGGUGUUUUCAUAUUAAAAUUCGUGGCCAACAUUAACAUAUCGAAAAUUAUGUCUACUAGACUAUUCAAAAAUGCCAUAAUAUGCAAAAGGAUGGCGUGAAAUAAACACGAAUUACGUGUGUCAGUGUUUUAUGCAUCUUGAGACCAUUUGUGUAGAAUACAAUGGCAUGUUGGUAAUUUCGAUAUCUAUGGUGAUGGGCUGUGUUUUUAAAGUUUCUGUCUAAAUUAGGGUUUUUCAAGUCUAACAAUUUGUAAAGGCAGUGUAAAAAUGUUUUGAUUUGAAAAAUAUAAAGUCUUGGAUUACUUUUUAAAUACAACAAGUUAUACAUGUUUAAAUUUAUAACGUCUUAUUGUAUGCUACACAAAUGCUUUCAAAUUUUGCAAGAUCUAUUUCUAAAAACGUACUUGUCUUUGUUUUCGAAAAUGAUUUCCUUACAUAUUUCAAACUCUUCUUCAACACACAUGUCCUGUAUACGUUUUUGUGAUCGCAAAAAAUACAGCCAUCGUAUUUUUGAAAGCCGUAAACAUGUUCAUAUUUCAAGCACGAGCACCCAGAAAAACUUUUAUAGUACUAUAUUCUUGUUUUUACCACAGCUUUUUCGACUAGACUUUUCAAUUUUCUUGGACAACUUUUAACUUUUUUUGGCGUUUUUUGUCAAAAAUUCCUUUUGAAAUUUAAUUGCCCUUUUUGUUUGAUGGAAUGUAAAAAUCGCGAUGUUUAUUCAAUUCACCAUGCCCGCUGUUUGUUUAUUUUUUCUCUUGCCAAAUUGUUGUGCCAAAUCAGAAGAGAGCUGUUCGAAAAACGAGUUCUCCGGCCACAGACUUUUUUGCCGGACUUUUGCGGAUGACUUGUUUUAGGCGGUUUGGAACAACGUUCCAUGGAGGGGGAGGGGAUGGAAGGCAGAUGUUUUGUGGUUGAAGGAUGUGAAGGUUGUGUUUGUUAGGCUUCUUUUAUCACUUGUCACACUUAUUUGUUUUUGGAUUUGCUUUAUGAAUUGACAGUUUUUUUGUCUGUUUAUCAGUGUGGCGGUAUGAUUUUUAUUUUUGGUUACGACUACUGUCGGCGUGAAAUUUUGAUCGCAGAAGGGCUGGGGAGGGUUUGUUUAAAAAAAUUGAAAUACGGAGGGUUGAAGACUACUUUUUUAGUAUAUUGGGUAUUUAUUGUUUUUUAUUCGUAUUUUAAACUUGAAACUGACAAGUUUGCCAAGUUCUUUAUAUAACUUUAUAUUUUUUCAGCCUUUUUAUAUCACUUGUCACACUUGGAGCUAGCGAAAGCGUUGAGAGAUGUUGCUGGCGAAGCACGCGCUUACUUGAACCUUUCCAAUUGUCUAGAGAACUUGGAUCAACUACAAAAAGCUCUAUACUUCUUGGCAUUGUACUGGAAUUUGGCUUAUAAGGUAGGUGUUUUUUGGAAACAAUUUUGAUGGUUUGGAGGAAGACAAAGAAGUUAUUUGGCUAUUACCUGGUUUACCAGUUUUGAGAAAUUAACGUAGUAAUGUUACCUAAAGAAUGGGAUUGUUAAAAGUCGUUUUAGAGCUAAAAUGGCUAGUUUUGAAGUAACAGCUUAAUUUUUUUAAAGGGCUGAUUUUGGUCAAAAAUUAUAAGAGUUGUAACAUUUCAAGCUUCAGAAGCUUCUAAAUGAAUUUGUAUAGCUGAUUUUGUGGCUUUUAGAAAAAAAUAAUGCAAAUAAUGAAAGAUACACAAACGUGUGACCUUUUUUGUUUGGUUAUAUUAUAUAUGAAUUGAAGCUUUACUUUGUUUUGUUAUUUUGGGGAACUGAAUUUUCACUUAUGAAAGGCAUGUUGGUUGUGAUACGUGUUUAUGAUCACGGGGAAGUUGAAUUUGCAAAAAGUUGAUUUUUUUGUUUUUAUAAAUAAGUUAGGGAUGGCAUUUGAUGUCUUAAAGGGCUUGGGAGGGGCGGUUUUUUCGUUUUUUUGAGCAAAUCUGGAAAAUCUUAAAUGAUUGUUAUUUCUAUUCGUAAUGUGUUAGCUUUUUUGGCGUUAUUUUUUGAUUUUCGGGUCACACAGGGUUGGACCGCCCUGGCGGGGUCAAAAAAUCCUAGGUUCGGCCCGGAUCGUUUGAAAAACUUGUUGUGGGCUAGUUUUCAACCUUGGCUCACGGGCAGGGCCUAAACUGCAGGCAUGACCCGUUUCAACUAUACUUAAAGGCCGGUUCGGCCUGAUUGCAGGGCCGGACUUACACGGCCCGUUUCUUAACCUUAUAUAAGCUAAUGUUGUAGCACUUAAAAAACUAUAAUUUUUGCAAAUUCAAAAGCCAAAACGUCAAAAAGUUGAAAAAAUUGUAGUGCAAAAACCAAAAAGUCAAAAAAAUUGUAUCAACAUCACGUUGUCGCAAAACGACGCAAUUAAACAACGUGACCCAAAAAUGACGGCGUGCCAUGCGCUACACACGGCGCCACAAUCACCGUUAAUGAGAUGUGUCAGUUUUGGGGAAUUUAAAUAAUCCAAUUUGGCAUGUUUUCUUCCAUUUUUUUGUCGUUCAAAUUAAAGUUUUUCCUGCUUUUUUGCGGUUUAUAAGCAAAUUCUCGGGAGAGUGGGUGAACGGGACGGCCCCACAAAACCCGGACGCCAAAAGAUGCCCGCAAGGCAUAUUCUUUUGAUAUUUACGUAGUAAUUUUAUAGUUGGCCUGUGGGGGAGAGGAGUUACUGGGGUUUCUAAUUGUUUGGGAAGAUAUUGUAGGGACGAAUGUUGCUAAAAGGAAGAGGGGGGGGUGAAUGGGGGUUAAUGUCUCUGCUUGUAGUGAUGGUGGGUUGGGCGUUAGGUUUUUUGAAGGUAUCGUCGAGAGGUUUACGGGUUUGAUGUUUGUGUAUAUUUUUUAAAAGUAACAUUUAUUGUUCGAGAGAUUAGAAGCCCCCCCCCCCAGAAAAAAAAAUUUUGAAACAAGUUGAACGUGGUCCCCUCUGUGGAUUUUUUGGAAAAAAUUUUUUGCAAAAAAUCGGCACAGGUAGAGCUACCUGUGCCGAUUUUUUUCGACCCCCGCCCCCAGACCAUAAGUCCCCAACCGGCACUGGCUAUGGGAUUUAAAAUUUGCUUGUUAUGAAGAGGUUUUGUUAUAUAGGGGUUCCUUAUUUAGAGGUUCCACUUUAGUAUUAUCGCAGAAGACUUUACGCAGAAGACUUUAUGGUAACAAGAAUUUUCUUUACAAAGCGAAAAAUGGUAAUAGCUUUCUUUAACAAAACUUUAAAUGGCCAGAACUUGGUUUUUAAAACAGAAAAGUUUAAAAAUUUUUUUUACAAAGAUAAAAACGACUGAACUUAGUUUAUAAAAAGGCAAGAACUUUCUUUAAAAGGCAUGAAAUGGUAAUAACUUUCUUAACAGAACAUAAAAUAGCAAAAACUUUCUUUACAAAACAUAAAAUGGCGUGAAUUUUCUACACUGAACAUAAAAUGGCAAGAACGUUAUUAACAAAUCAAAAAACGGCAAGAAGUUUUUUUUACAAAUUGCUAAACGUUCUAUAAAAUGUUAUGUGGUAAGCAUUUUUAAGCCUAUAAAACAUAGAUCACAUAAAUACACCUCAAAUAAUAUCAAGCUAUAUAUAAACCACAAAUUAUUACAAACAAACUAUAUAUAAACCUUAAAUUUUCACAAUAAUCCUAUACCUAAACCUCAUAUUAUCACAAACAAACAGUUCAUCUAGUUUGCUGUUUACCAUAUUAUGGCACUUUACUCAAAACAUAAUUGUUGGGGUGGAUUGACGUCACGAAAUGAGCAGGCUCAGUAGUUUCGGCCCGUCUUUCUUUUCGGCUGUCUUUAACAUCUUCUUUACCUGUGUUACAUCGGGUUGUGACGUCGGCAUGGGUAAUCCUCUACGGGGAUGCUCGAGAGUCACAAUCUGUUUGUGUUAACAUCGGACGUCAGCCGUCUUUGGUCGUUGCAAAAGAGUUUACAAAUGAAUAGAUAGUGUACGUACAACCAGUGGGUACGUUGACGCUGAAAAGUACGCGGAUGAUGUUAUGUUUUGAUUGAUGACGUGAUGACGAAGAAGGUGGAUAUAUAUGAGGACGUAUGAGCUUGAAAAAGCGUUUAUGACAUAUUAGGCAUGCUAUAGAGGGGUAGGUGUUUUAGAUUUUUGAGGUGUUAAUGAUAUAUUGUAGUUGGGGUUGAUCAAAUGUUUAGUUUUUCGGAAAGGGACGUUUUAUGCGAUGAAAUUUACUUUUUUUGCAUAGAAGAUGUGUUAUACGUUGAAACAUGUUCUUUUUGAUUUUUUUUAUUUGUGUAGACUAUUAAAGUGUUGUUAGUCAGGGGCAUUUUAGGGGUUUGGGUUGCAGGGGCAAGGGAGGGGUGGCAAGUAGUUGGAAAAAUGGGUUUUAUUGUUUUUAUGGAUUACAAUUUUAAGGGGCAUGUUAGAUGAUAAGACAUUUUUUCAAAUUUUUUAAAUAAUUUUUUUCACUGUUCUUACUAGGGGCUUUUUUCAAAUAUUCAUGUAAAAUGACGAGAAUUUUCUUUUUUUAUUUUAUUAACGUUAUAUUGUUGCGAUUGCUAAAUUUGAUAAGAAUGCGUUUUUCAAAAUGAAGUUUGAUUUAACAAUAGCCUUAAAAUGAUUUUAUUAACGGGUUUUUUUAAAAACGAACGUUUCAAGUUUUAUAGUACAAAUGUGAGCAUGGAGAAGAGGAUUUUAAUUUGGUACUUUGCCAAUUUUUUUCAACUUUUUAAAAAAUUAUUAACGGGACCAUGCUGACUCUGUUGACCUUUUUUUAAAAAAGUGUUAUGGGGGUGGUUUUUCUUUCUUUCUUUUAUUUAUUUUUUACGCUUUGUUUUGUAUAGGAAGUUUUUUAGCCUAAAGUUAACAUGGAAAUGAAAUUUUGAAAUUUUAAGCACAAAGCAACUACUAAGCCAACGUUUUUCUUUGUACGAUACUAAAUAGCCACGAUUCCUUUGUACCCAAAACUCUCGCUUCUUCCUUCAAACCCAAAACAUUUUUCGAGCAUUGUGUGCUGAAAGUAGCUAAUGUAAUCUGAUUUAUUCCAGCUAAACGAACAGCCGCUCAUCGAGAAGGCACGCGAGGCGGCGGAACAGAUGGUACAUCGCUAUCCGCACGAACUCGUGGAUUCAGAAGGCUUCGUUUGCGUCGAGGAUUGCUCUGAUUUGGCGGCGUUAAAGGAGAAAAUGGAAGGCAGCCAGAAACCGGGCAACUUUUUCAAAUUAACUAACAUAUCCGAGUCGCUGGAGACGUUUAUUCACGAUUGUCAGAAGCGUCGGCGGAAUUCAGCCCCGAAGAGAAGUCAACUGUAUGAGGUGGGAGAGUCGUCGAAUAAUACCGAGUUAAUGGAUUGCGGGAUUCAGAGGACUUCGGCAAUUCGAAGCACCAAGAGCUCACCCUCUAAUGAUAAGGUAACAUUUUUGUGAUAUUUGGUUAUAAUAUUAAUAACUAUAUUAUUUUGACAUUAUUUUUGUAUUAGGUUGUACACAUAAUUCUGGGCUCUUUAAUCUCAAAAAUUUGCUUUAAGAGAGGCACAUAAGUAUUUGAACAAUAAUAUUAGGUGUAAAAAGUUAAAAUAAAAAAAGAUUUUUUAGUUAAAUUUGUCUUUAUUUACGGUCGAAAGUUUGAAAUUUCAAAUUUCUUUGAAAUGUAAGGUUUUUUUUUAUUUCUAGGUAGAUUCCGACGACAUUUUUGAUCAAAUCUUUAAUCAACCAAAGCAAUACGAAGACCAAAGGUGCGACAUUGAAAUCAUCUUGAAGGAUAGGACGAACAAAACACGGCAGGGAGAUUCUAUCAACAAGUCUGGUGAGUUUCGAAAAAUAAUUUUAAAUUGGCUGGAGUAAAGUUUUUAUUGGGAGGGGGGAUAAAAGAAAUUUUUUCGAUGAUUGAUUAUCAAAAAAUGGAUUUUCUGACUCUUAGGCUUGAUUUUUGUUGAAUUUUGUGUUUGAAUUUUUUUAAAUGUUGUGUUAAGUAUAGUUUUUGUACUUCUCAUACUGUACUUUUUAAUACUUUUUUGUUUAAAUUUUCUUUGAAUAAAUUUUUUAUAAAAAACUUACCUUUUAAAGACUUUUUUGGUUUAAAACUUAUUUUCAGAAGAAUUUAACUUGUUUUCUAAUUAUUUUGAUAUUUCAUCUUUUUUACCUUGUGUUAAUGUACUUUAUGUUGUGUUAUGUUGUUGUAGAAGAGUUUGUGCAUCCGGGAAAGAAGUCAGCUAUGAAAAAGAUUACCAAAUCUUUGUCGAAACGUUUCGGAGCCUCAGGCACCCUACGCCGAACUUUAUCAAGACCGUCAAUGCCAUUUAAAAAGUCGAACAGCCUACAUCAUGAUUUGGACUUGAAUUCUCAGGCCGGCUCUUCAAUUCGAUUUGAUGAAGGGUGCUCGAGAAGCAGCCUUAUUGAUUUUAUGAAUAUUGGAAGCACAGAAACGGGCUUAAAUGAACAUAUGGAAGAUAAGCCUAUUCCGAAUUGUGAUGACAAAUCACAAUUGAAUUUCGAUGGCAAAUCGAGUUUGAAUUUCGAUGAAAAAUCGAAUUUUGACAACAGGUCUGUUUCGUUUUAUGGCAGAAAGACGGGAGAAAACGAUGAAUUUUCGGAGAAUAACGAAGGCCGGCCGAGUUUGGAUACGAAGUCGAACUUCACUGUGGAAAGUGGAUCGAGAAGAGAUGGCACAAUUGAUAGUUAUGGAAAGAGUGAAAUGGAAUUGAUCAAGAAGGUGGUCAGCAUUGAGGAACGCUUCAGCUUCUUACGCAGUAACUUUUUUUGUGUUUUUAUGUUGGUUUGUGGGGUUAUGGAGGAUUUUUGGUCGGUUUUAGUGGAGUUUUUUUUAUUCUUAAAAGUGUUUGGUUAUAGUUGGCUACUUCCAUUUAUUGAUUUUUUGAAAUGUUUUAAAGAUUUUUGAACGUUUGUAAAUGUAAAAGCAUUUUAGUUGUGCUUGAGUACGUUUACAAGGUGUUUUAGCUAAUUUUCAUCUGUUUUGUGCUUGUGCUUCUACUUUUUUUACUUGUGUAACAUUAGUUUUGUAAUUUUUUACAGAUUUGUGAUGACUUUUUUUUUACAAUUUUUUGCUUAUUUUGACUGUAAAAAUGAAAGAAAACGGAUAAGUUUUAAUACUUAGAUAGGUAAAUAUCUAAAGUUUAAUGGAGCAAUGACAAAUUAGGUAUGAAAACAAGUGUUUUUUGGAUUGUAACAUGCAAAAUGUUGUAAAUUUUAUGUUUAACUUGUAAAAUUUGAUGUUUUCAGAGAACCCAGAAGACAUUCUGGACUUGAUUAUGAACAUGCAAGGUCGUCGAAUGGACGAACAACGAGCCGAUCCCAUUUUGCCUGGACUGGCUGAUAGAAAUGAGUAUUUGAAGUCACUGUAAGUUGGUUUAUUGGAAAUUGAAUAUAUUUUUUUGAUUUUUUUUAAAUUUAAAUUUUUUUGAUAGGAAAAAUGAAAAUAUUGUACAUUUUGUAAACCUCAUUUUACCAUUCCCUUCCUACUUGUUCAAAUAAUUCUGAGCUUUUUUUAAAGCAUUUUUUUGAGGUUAGGAUGCGCAGGAUUAUUUGAACAACAUUAUAAGUAAUAUGUCUUUAAAAAACGUAAAUUGUAUAUUUUGUCAUAACAAUUAUUAUAGGAUUAAUUUAGAAGUUAAGCGUAACAAUUAGUUUCUGUUUUUGUCAAAAUAUUCAAAACUUUGUGUGUAUUUUGUGUACCACAGGGCUAAAAGCGUAAGAGGAAGUAAAUUGACAUCUAAUGACAUUUUAUAAGGUAUAUAUGUAAAUAGAGGGUACGUUCUUUCUUUUAUAGGUUGUGUCCUAGUUUGUAUGUUACACGUACUUUAACUGAACUCAGGUGACACUUUUUAUGUAGAAACAAAUUGUAACUAUUAUAAGGAUUUUUGAAGUUUAGGUGUCAAUUAGAACGUAGUAAUGUGGCGUUUUCAAUACUCAAUUUUUCUGUAGAGGCAACAGAUUUAAUGAAAAGAUAUUUUGAAAACACUCGGUCUUCCAAGAAUCCAGACAGUGAGUUGGCGAAUAUUGAGUAAAACAUAAUAGCCAGGUAAUGGCCUCGGAAAUGAGAAAAUAAUGUUGCAUGAAAACGCUUAUAGACAUUUUUGAAAAUUGCCAUGUUUAAUAUAAAAAAAAAUUUUUGGUAAGAACGUAUUGAUUACAAAAAGUAGUGAUGUUUAAUGUGUUAUUAAUUACCAAAAUGAUGACAUUUUAAAUGUCAUAAAUAUUCGAAUACUUGCCUUCACAACAAAGUAUCAUAUUUGGCAAAAAAAUUUAACAGCGUUGUUCUACUCAAAAAUGACACAUUCUGUAUAUUUUUAAAUUUAGAAAAACAAGAAAAUUAUUGGGAGCAAUUUUUUUGAAUUGAAGGUAAUUUUAUUACAAAAAUACUUCAAACAUUGCUUUUUGAUACAAAACACUGUUUUUGAACACUUAUUGUUGAGUUACUGCUUUUCUAUACAAAAUGUCACUUUUUCUGGUGAAAUGAGGUCACUUGUAGACUACAAUAACACUUUCAAGUUAAAAAUGGCAGGAAAUGAAAAGGAAAUAACAAAACACUUGAAGUCUACCAUAGCGACUGUGAUAUGGCGUGAAGUUAAGUACGAAACAAUGGCGCUUUAAAAUGACUUUAAUUUUAUUAUAGACAGCACGCAAGUAAAGUGCAGCAUAACAAUAAAAAUGUAUAUAUUAUUGAUAUAAGUUAUGAAAAUAACAAAGGUACACUGUUGCAAUACUAUUAGGUUGUUGAAAUAAUUCUGUGCCCUCUGAAUCCAGAAAAUCAGAGUUGAAAGGAGCGCAGAAUUAUUUGAACAACUUACUAUUAAACAAGGAAGCACGCUUAUGAUGGAUAAUAUUGAGGGUAUACAAUGAAAAUUAAGAAAAAAAGUUGCGUGUGUCAUGUCAGUGAAAUUGGAAUGUCAAGUAGAAUAAAGUUGAAAACAUGAAUUUGUAGUCAUUUUUUCCGUAGGUAGAUAGACCGAUUUUCAAUUGUGAUUUUGACUGCAGGUGUGCUUCAAAAUUGGCGUGAGCUUUUGUACAAAUUUACUUGUUUAAUAUAAAAUCAACCCACUUUAGUAUGACUUUCAAGGUACUGGAUUAAAGUGCCGGUAUAACCAGGGUGUCACACUUUCUAGUUUUUGUAGGACUUUUAGGGCUAGACAGUUUGUUUUGGUUAGGAUCGGCUUUGUGGAGGGAGGGAUGGAUUUGCAAUGUUCUUACUCUUUGGCUUGUCUUAACUUACCUAACCAUAUCUUACUCUAAUUUACUUUUAAACUCUUCUGGCGUGCUUGGUAAGAACGGAAACUGAUAUCUCUUGAUAACUCAAAAUUUUUGGAACAACAGGGGGGCCCACGUUCAAGUUUAAAAAACAUUUUUUGUGGGUCUUUAUCUGAAAAAAAAAUUAUUACAUUUUUUAAUGAUAAUUCACAAUACUUUUUGAAAAACUCUAUCCUUCUGAUCAACACAAAUCUGACCCAAACUCAAUCUGUCAUUGAAGAAAAUCUCAAUAUUUCAUUGAAACAAACAUCAUCCGUCUGAGUUGAACCUCUCGGAACUGGUCUUGCAUGCCCAUUGUCUUACCUUAAAAUCGCACGCAAUUGAAUGAUAUCAUGGUAGACUUGGGUAUUUCAUAGGGCGCUGGAUAUUUGCGUAUUUUUUUGGGUAUAUGUUGUAGGGGCGGACCGAGUUAAUCUGUAAUUACUGCCACCCGCUACUACUUAAUCACGGCCUGUUUGUGAAUGGGAGUGAGAGCGCUGGGUACAACAAGACGAGUAUUAGCCGUGUGUAUUCGACUACUAUAAAGAAGAGCAUUGACUUGUGUGUUGUUGGGUACAACAAGUAUUAGUGUGUGCGGAAGGAGUUUGGUGUUAAUAUUUGGGUCUAUAUUUGAGUAUUAAUACUUGGUAACAUUGUUACUUGUUACUAUAUAGUAUUGACAUCUCUAGCUUUGGUACUAUAUAGUAUUUUCACCUCUGAACUUGGUACUAUAGAGUAUUUUCAUCUACAGACUUUGUAUUACUGAGUAUUUUAAUCUCCAAACUCGAUACCACAAACUAUCUUUCAUCUCUAUACUGUCCUCUUAUACUACAGAGUAUCUUCAUUCAUCUACGGCCGCAUUCAGACAAUUUGUUGUUAUUCAGCUUUUGAUUCCGAUUACUAUAAAAUAAGCAAAUUACGGACCUCAGACGGCAUUUGCUAAAGAUUACCGCGUUUAAGUGUUCGUAUUUGACUUCCAGACUCUUGUUAUUGUCUAGCUGAUAUUACACUUGACUCUAGAGGUUGUUCUUAAUAUUUGACUACGAAUAUUUGGCUUUAUUAUUGAGUUUAACCUAAAUUAACCUACUAAACUUUUAUUACCUGUAUAAACCUAAGAAAACCUAAAAUAAUGUCGAUUUGUAACGGCAAUUGGAAACAACUCCCUUCUUUCAGUCAGGAACAGAACGACGGAGCCAUGUCCGAACGCCUCUACGAAAUCAUCAUGGAACGACAAUCACAUCGACUCGACGAUCAACGUUCCGAACUCGGCGGCCGCCCCAAAAGCUGCUCCGACCUACCAGAAUUGCCGAAUGACAUGUCCGAGUUGGUGAUUGCAAUGUCAUCACGACGAAUGGAGGACCAACGUGCCAGCCUGAAACCCCUCAGGCUAUCGGAUUCGAAUCUAACCUCGAAUGAUGAGUCUGCUCCAGUGCGAUGCGCUUCCGCUUCGGCCACGGUGGAUUAA